AUGGAUCGGAGGAGCUGGCGCGUCUCUUCCUCGGCGGAAGACGGCGGAAGGUCGGCGGAAGGCGGCGGGAGUGAUGUCGCGGUGCAGCGCCAGGGCGGGCCCCUCCCUGCCGUGGCCGCGAGACUGGUGCCAGGCCGCGGGUGCGCGGCCCUGCAGGGCACAGCCGAGGCGGAGGGCGGCGCGCCUGGAAAGCUCAGCGCAGGCCAAGGUAGGCCCGAGAGGCGCGACCAGCGCUCCAUGAGCGCGGUGUCGAGGCCUAUAGGCCCCAGACGCAGACAAGCUCGCGCUCCAAAGAAAUCACGGUGA